AUGCUGUCGGCGACCGGUGGUCCGCUGAUCGACUCCAAGACUGGGACAUUGGUCGGCCUCGUGUCGAUUUCUGUCGGCAAUAAGAAGAAAGUCUAUUGCGCAGAUGCUGGAAUCUUUAUAAGGAUUGGCAGCUAUCUCGACUUCAUUAACAAAAAUCUCGGCGAAGGAGGCUUCACCGAUGGCGACAACCAGAGGAUCAAGGACGAGGCAAAGAUGGCGGUGCUCAGGCCGACUCUCCUCAAGGCUUGCAAGGCGAAGCAUUCUGACGAGUACGAUAUAUGUCUGAAAAAGGCCUCAGCCGCCUUAUUGUCAGGCACGAAAGGGGAAGAGGAGCCUACUCUGGAGCAAUGGACUGCCUACUUCCAGGACUCAGCCGAAUGCGACGCCUUCAAGGUCAAGGAGGGUGCUUGCGAUGAUUGCGCUGAGAAAGCCAAUGUUGACUCGACGGUUGAGACAGUCAUCCAGUGCUCUGAAGCAGAGAAUAAGGGAAAUUAA